UACAGAACACAUCCAGGAUCAUACAGGGGGAAAAAACGAUUCUAGAGAAUCGCACUUCGGAAUAGCCUAAAAUAAGACUGAGCUCUUAUGCACUGGAAAGUUAAUAUUCUUCAACUUUAUCGUUGGACAUGCCACCUCAAAUGGAUUAUUAUUGUGAAGAAUCCCGCGUCCCCUCUUCAUGCGGACUGAUGAGCCAAGAGGCCAGGUUGGAGAGGGAGCCAGUGGCUAUCAGCUGUAUGCUGGUGGGGGACGGGGCUGUGGGGAAGACGAGCAUGAUAGUCAGUUACACCAGCAAUGGAUACCCCACAGAAUACAAACAGACCGGCUUUGACGUCUUUUCUGGUCAGGUCCAAGUGGAAGGAGCCCCAGUCAGAAUACAACUACUGGACACAGCUGGACAGGAGGUGUUUGACCAUUUCCGCUCCCUCUCCUACUCCCACACGGACGUCUUCCUGCUCUGCUUCAGUGUGGUCAACCCCGCCUCCUUCCACAAUGUCACCAACAAGUGGAUCCCCGAGAUCCGAGCCUGCAACCCCUCAGCUCCCAUCAUCCUUGUGGGCACCCAGUCCGACCUCCUGCUGGACGUCAACGUUCUGAUCAACCUGGCCCGCUGCGGGGUCAAACCGGUGCUUAGCCCUCGGGCACGGAGCAUGGCGGAGAAGAUCAGAGCGGCGGACUAUGUGGAGUGUUCUUCGUUGACGCAGAAGAACUUAAAAGAGGCGUUCGACGCGGCCAUCUUUGCUGCCAUCAAACACAAGGCCAGGAAGGAGAAGAAGAGGCAGCUGUCGGACAGACGCUCCAAGGCCUUCUCUAAAUGCAGCUGGAAGAAGUUCUUCUGUUUUAUCUGAGAUGAGAUCCCAUGGGUCCUGGACAGAAUAAUGACUAUUAUUAUUUAUUAACUCAUGAAGACUUACUAAGAGCAUGGAGCUUUGGAAUCAUCCCAGCAUUGGUGAAUGAACUGAGUUCUAUGGGACUCCUGGUCUGGAGACAGUGGCAUAGCGUACUUCAGUAGCCCUUUUAGGUAACGUAAGAAAAAAGUAAGAAGGGGUACUGAAGCACACUAAAGACAAGAGAAUAUCAAAUCAAACCAAGGACAUUGAGUACAUCCUGUCAGUGGGACAAGGCUGUCAUAUAAAUGUUGUGAAUUCAUUUGCAUGGUCUGGAUUGGUGCCUUUUCCACCCUGAGAGCUUACCACACUACCUCUGUGUGAUAGUCAGAGAGUUGAGCGAGAGGACGACAUUGUAGGUAGUCAGGGGGUUGGUUGUUAGCUUUUUCUCAUUUGUAUUCUUUGCUGCCUAGCAACACAGACCCAGGCCUAUUCAUGUGCAACAGUGUAUUUGUAUUUAUUUUAUAUUUUUUGUCAUUUAGCAGACGCUCUUAUCCAGAGCAACUUACAGGAGCAAU